UCCGCCAAGUCCUACCACUAUGUCCGUGUAUUUGCGUCACUUAUUUCCUGGUUUCGAUUCGACAGAAACCUGGCCUGAGGUCUAUGUUGGCGUCCACGAUAAAUUCCGCUGAACUUGACUGCUGCCACAUAGGGGAGGAUCUCUGACCAGAAUGUAACUGUGUGGGGAAGCAAUUCUCUCGUUUGAUAGAGGAUUUGUAUGAUGGCUUCAAACGUAUCUUUUGGGGAACUAUGCCCAAAAUUAUUAAAACGGGCGUGGAUGAUGAGAAAUUGGGGUGGGGGACGUUGUUCGGCUGUCCAGCGCCACAGGAGAAAUUUGGAGAUGUAGUCCAGACACAGCUCUUUUCGACCCACCCAUUGGACGUCUGCUACCCCCGCCAGAGCUGCCCGACAGUGGACGAUGGCGUCACAUUUACUGGGACUCUCGCAAUAACAACAUGGGUCUACUCCUUGAUCUUCGUGGGAAACCAGCUCGUCAGAGCUCUAGUUUGGAUUCUAGUACAACAGCAAACAAGGCAGUGGAUGGAGAUCGCGACACCUUUAUGCAUACAGGCUCCACUGGAGACCACUGGUGGAAAGUUGAUCUAGAGGCGAUCUAUAGCUUGGCAAAUAUAACUAUUAUCAACAGGAGAGGUUUUGGCCACAGACUCGCAGGUGCUGUAAUACGAGCCGGUUUAGACCCAUCAGACUUCUCACUGAACAGAAUGAUAGGAUCGGUCUCCUCCAGUCAAGCUACCAAUGGAGCAGUGGUUGAUUUCAUGAUGGGCCCGAACGUCUCUGCUCGAUACGUCAGUGUGGAAUUGGCUGGACCUUCGCGUAUCCUUCAUAUGGCUGAGGUCAUGGUUGAUGAAGAGAUUACUCCUACAGAAGAAACAAAUUCAACAGUGACUCCAGUUUCAACUUCAGGCUCAACUACAACCGGUCAACAGGACACACUGACUGAAGGCAAUCCUUCAAUUACGGAGCAGGGAUCAACUAUUACUUCAACAACAACGUCCAUAACAUCUACUGCAAGUCGAACUUUGGUAUCGACCAAACCACAACCAUCCAUAGAAACGAUCACAAAAGACUUUCCACCGAUUACCUCAACUUCUGAAACGGUUACUGCCGGUUUAACUUGGGUAACAACGACAUUAAGCCCGUCCUCAGAGACGGCCAUAAAAGGUUGAGUACAUAGCUCGAGAGAAGCCUCACCAACCAGAUUUUACUCCAGCUGUUGAUUAUGACAGAAAUGAAAGUGAGAGUUCACCCUUCCUAACAGAAAACCUCGAGCCUGGUACGAAGUACGAGUUCAAGAUGUCAGCCGAGAAUCAGUUGAAUAUUGGACCUGGAACAAUCUUGGAAGUUUACACCAAACCCCAGUCUGGUUUUUCUGCUCCUCCGAAACCUAUACCAUUCCCAGACGAUUCCACAGACACCACAGUCACUAUUGGUUUGUCUCCCGCUCUACCUGAUGAUUACUUCAUUGAGUGAGUACCUAAAUAAACUUAAAUUCUAAUACAACAUGCUUCUUAUGUAAGCAGUUCUGAUACUGGACGCAGAAUUUGAGGCAUGAAACUAUUCUACUCGGCUGUUACAAAAAACAGAUCGUACGUUGUCCAAGUCAAAAAGGAAAGGUCUUCUUCCAGGACUAAGAAGGAGAUUCUUAUUCUCAGCGAUUUCGAGGUUGCUCCAAAGGACUAUAUUGCGGCUGAACUUCCCAAAUGGGGCGUGCCUGAUAGAUUUGUAGUGGGGGAUGCCAAGGUCUACGGCGGCUACUACAAUGCACCGCUCCAGAGGGGCGCCGUGUAUAACAUUCGUGUUGGAUCAGUCAGUAGGGGCAACGAGACGUCCACCAACCAACAGCCAGCUCAGGACCAAAUGUUGCCGCCAUUGCUGUGGGGGUUAUCGUUCCUGUCGUGGUCGUGAUAAGCAUUGUCGCAUUUCUCCUGUGGAAGAAACAUAAACUGGCUCACUCUAAAGUAGCAGGUACCGUCGAAACGGCACAAGGUGAUACUGAGGUGACGGCAGAAGCAACCAUGCAAGAAGCCGCCCAAUCGUUGGAAAGUUUGUCAAACUCUGGAGGACGGGAAUAUUGAAUUAGGUGUUUUCAGGCAUUGCUACCACUGGAAUAAUAUUCCAUUGCUGUCGUUGCCGGUUUAGUUUGAGUCUUUAGUGAUAAAUGCGCAAAUCAUUUUUGUAUGUUUUCUGGUUUAUUAAAUAUCAGUAUUGAUCUUGAUAACUAUAAAUGUUUCAAAUAUGAAGAACAUGCGUGCAUUUCUCUUUUCAUCUUAUAUACAACUUAAGUUUUGAAGCUUUUUUGUGUAUUACAUGCAGGUGUUUUGCAAUAUUUUGCAAUAGUAUAAUUGGUAAUUUCGGUUUGAUUUAACAGAUAAUCACUUAUCGUCAUCCGUGUGUCAAGUGUCAAACUCCUUUCUUGAAGGGUGAAAACCAAUGAACUCACUUUAUCUAAGUAAUCACGUAAGUUGGCGAUAGGAAAUGGGGACUUAUUAUAUCAAAUUUCAAAUUGCUACUUGGUACCCCAUAAAAACUUGCAUUCUGCUCUCUUAAAUAAGAUAAACUAUACGACUGCUCUUUAGAGUAUUUUUUCUACAUGUUUGCUAUUACCCCGGCUGAGGUUAAUGAACCAACGCUCCUCAGAGGUUCAAACAUCAACAGCUUUUACCCUGAGUUUCCAACCUCACCAAUUCCAGAAAAAAAUAUCCAUCUCAACAAUUUUAUAAAUGAA